AUACUUUACGCGAUUGUCGUCCACGAAGCUACCCUCAGACAUUGGCAGGUGGUGCAAGAGAGGAGAGCGGGGAGACCUGGAGAGGGCAUCAUCAUUGAAGGGCACAACACGACCCCACCCAGCAUUUAACGGCGGCUGCUCCUGUGAAGGGCAACCCCAGACCCUCGAAUCCAAAGAUGGCGACUUCACUGGCAGCAGAUCAGCCAUCUGUACCACCUCAAUCGGAUAUGACGGCUUCUCAUAUGGUAGAGAACGAUCCCUUCCUGUCGGCAUCAACGGGCUCAAAUCACCAUCGAUUCUCCCAUUUCGAUAACCAGUUGUUCGCACUUGGUCCAACAACCUCCCCAGACCAAGCCAAGCGUGCACUGGAGGCUCAUCUCGCCGAGACUGAGCGUCGAAUAGAAGAGGCUUCAAAGCUUGGAACCACUCUUGUACAGCAACGGAAGGAUCUCGCAGAGCGGUUAAAGGAGGUCGAGAAACAACAAAGUGAAGGAGAUAUCACCCCUGAACUGCGUCAAAAGCUCGUGGAGAUCGAGAAGGAGUACAAUGAGGUUGGACGGGAGAGCGCAAGGGCAUUUCUGCCGAAGGUCAGGGUCUCCAGCAACGAGAUGGCAGGAUCCCCCUUCGCGGGUGAUUCGAAUCGCUCAAGAAGUCCAUCGAAAUUUGAGAGCCAGGCCACGAAUUCUCCUUCUAAACUCAUCGUCCCCAAUCGAAAGCAACGAAACCAGCCCUCCAAUAGGGUUCAUGAUAUCGAAUUUGCAACUGAGAUCAGCACUUCUUUGUUAUCGCAGGUACGACAUCUUCAAGCCCUACUAGCAGAGAAGGAAGAAACUUUGAAGACAAUCACCUACGAGAAAUCAAGACUAGAGAUUGAGGCGGAAGGGUUUAAUCAACGGUUAAGAAGUCUCGACGAGAGUGAGCACAGGUACAAGGACGAAAACUGGAAUCUUGAGACACAGAUCCAUGAAUUUCUAGCAGCUGCAAAGGAGGCAGCCGAUAGGGAGAAGAAACUGACGCAGAACCUCAACAUCGUGCAGGCGGAGAAGAGUGCUGCACAAAAGGAGCUCGACGAUAUCAAGUUGAACCACGCGAAGCUCACAGAAGAUCACGCCACUGCCCUUAAACAUUACGAUGUUGAGCUGGGUAGCGUCAAGCGGAGCAUGACGAUGGCAGAAAAUGAGCGGGGUGCUUUACAACGGAAAAUCGAAGAUCUCACCGGCCAGAAUCAAGAACUUGCCAAAGCAGUAGCACACCAACGAGGCCGUUUAGAGGAUCGAGAACAUGCACGAGGGUUGAGUGAUGAGGACUUCGAAACUGCACCUGACAAUGUCACCCCCGAGCAUUCUCCGCCACCUUCUCCAGUGAAGGGGACACCACGACACAGCAUGCUUGAAUCAGAGACGCUCAAGAGUUCCUUGCACCAUGCGCAUCGAAUGAUCCAGAAUCUGAAGACCAACAUUCAUCGAGAGAAAACCGAGAAGCUGGAGUUGAAGCGUAUGCUCCAGGAUGCUAGAGAUGAGUUGGAUGCGCGCCGAAGCGAUAUAGGCUCUAACGGGAAGAGAAAUCGCAAGGUUGACUCGAAGGAAUUCAAGAAGCCCCUCAGACCCGGACAACUCGGUGGGCUCAGGAAUAGUCGAAGUGAAGUUUUCCUAGAAGAUCCCAACUGGGAAGAAGAUACUGGCGAGAGAAGCCCGAGCCACCCGACAGCUAUUACUGCUGGCGCUGUUGCUGGAGGUGUAGCCGGUGCGGCUCUGACCGAUUCUAGUGACCAUUUCGAAACUGCAAACGAGAACGACACCAGUGAUGCCUUCGAGACUGCAAACGAGCGAGGCACUGAGACCGAGGAUUUCCAGACCGGUCACGAAGAAAUGAGCGGCAGUGAUGAGCUAACAGAGACCGAGGGAGGAAAACCCACGCCUCGUCAUAAGCCCACACCCCUAUCCCUCUCCAAGCCAGGAAAUAGGGAGUCUUUCCAAAGCACCGCUUCCACCUCCGGAGACGAGUACAGCUACGAGGACGUAAAGACGCCCACUGCCUCCGCGCAGCCCCAACGCUUGCGACUCAGGGUGAGUCGUGGGGGCAACCGAAGAUCGCGCGUUGCCAGCGAAGAACCUCAGUUCCAGAGCAGUCCAGCCAGCUUUGCAAAUAGCAGCAGAAACGCCACUCCUCAAGCAGGACAAAGCUUGUUUGCCGAGCUUGGUGAUAUGGGCGGCAGCGAUGAUGAGUCCAUGCAGGGUACUCCGAGUCGCAGUGCCUUCGGUUCACCUGCUUCGUCGAGACCUGGCACAGCAAAGAACACUCCUGCAAUUCUCAGUCCCGUUUCGCCGCCGCCAGUCCCAAAAAUUCCAAUGGUGGAUUCUGGAAUGAUGACCGAACCGUGGGGACCUGAACCACCUACACCUAAGACGGCAGUUCCUUAUCUCGCUGGAACUGGUCUUGCAGGCGCUGCCGCAGCCGAAGCUGCGCACUUGAUGAGCGAUAAAUAUUCUUCAACUGCAACUCAAGUAAAGGCAGAAACUUCUGAUGCUGGGAGUCAAUGGCACGAUGAGCAAGUGAAUAAAUCACUAAAAGUUGAUUCGGACCAGAGUUCCCGACCAAUUUCUACAUCCACUUAUAGCGACAUGAGCUCUCAGUACGAUGCAGUUGUCUUGGACGAAAGACUCGCCAAAUUCCCGUCACCUCCAUCAUCUCGUGCACACACUCCGAUGACCAGCCUGGCCAGGAUGGAGGCACUGUCAGCACCGUUGACAAUUUCCACAAUCGUUUCCGAGCAUGUUGAGCCGACCGAAGCACCCGAGUCCCCAAUCCUUCCAGAAUUACAGAGAAAAUCAGUUCCAGGUGCGCCAAGCCUUGCAACGAUCGUUGCACCUCUUGCGUUCUCUUCAAUCCAGUCAGUCGACACGGAACCCAUCGAGCCUCGCAGCCCUCGGCGAGAUGGGGUUAUGAUCCCACGAGACGAUUCGGAAGAUGAGAAGGCUGUUAGGGACGCACCAGAGACUCCGAAACCAACCUUUCUUGGAUCAGUCUUCGCCUGGAAUAAGAACAAGACCCCGACAACGCCCUUCAUUGCUGAGGACGAGACUCGGCAAUCGCCCAGCGACUCCCCAAUGGUUGAAACACCCGAAUCUCAACGGCCACUCAAAGAGCUCUCCAGUAAUCCUCACGAGCGUGCUAUCAAGAAGCAACGCGUGGAGACAAGGGAUGAAAGCUCACAGACCGCUCUGACUGCCGAGCAAAUUGACAACAUGUUGAAAAACAAGAGAAAGGAUAUCAUAGUAGCCGAAGAUGGGCAGAGGUCACCCCGCGGCACCACUAUUCCAAUGGUUAUCAAGACCCGCAGGUCUCAGGAAAGUAUCGGAAGUGUCGGCCGUGCCAGGGCCAAGAUGGCAGACCCCGAUUUUGUUCAUGAUACUGUUCCGCUAAAGAGACCUGGUAGCGCCGGUAGUGCCCGUAACAACUCGAUCUCCAGCAUUCACCCUCCAUUGCCUACUGAUCACAAGGAGGUGAUUGCUGCGGCCGCGCAACGUUCUGGCUCCUCCAGUGGUGGUCCUGGCAGUAUGGGCCCUCCAUUAAUGACAGCAUCUGCUUAUAGAGCAGCCAACCCAUCCUUUAGACCCAGGACGCCAAGUUCUCAAGCUCCCCAGAGUCCUUCCUCUUUGAGAGGAACUCCUACACCAAGAGCUGUACAGUCUUCUUCGACGACGGAAGUGAAAUCACCACCCACUCUGAAGAGCAGAUCGAGGGCUUCAUCUCUCUCUUCAUUUGCCUCGGAAGUGGAUACUCGGUUCAAUCUGAGACCUGGAAUGAUGCCACAUGGUUUAUCUUCUAACACCGAUCCACGCAUGAUCAAUGCUAUCACACAGACGAUGAUUGGGGAGUAUCUCUGGAAGUACACGAGAAAGGCUGGCCGUGGAACGAUGUCGGAAAAUCGACACCGCCGCUACUUCUGGGUUCACCCAUAUACUAGGACUCUUUACUGGAGUGACCGGGAUCCAUCAUCGGCAGGUCGGGCUGAGUUGAAGGCAAAGAGCGUCCCGAUUGAAGCUGUCAGAGUGGUCACCGAUGACAACCCAAUGCCCCCCGGUUUACAUCGCAAGAGUUUGGUUAUCAUGACUCCUGGCCGGUCAGUCAAAUUCACUGCAACUACCGGACAACGCCACGAGACGUGGUUCAAUGCUCUUUCGUACCUACUGCUGCGGACUGGAGAGGAUGCUGUCGGUGAUACAAAUGAUGUUGCUAAUGGUGCCUUGACCUCCGAAGAUGUUGCAGAAUUCAACCCUGGAUUUGGGGACAACACCACGCGUCAAGGUCCCAGUUCCCUAUCCUCAUACAACAGCCGUACGACGCGUAACGAAUCUCGAGAACGCAAGUCUUCUCGACUCUCAGCCCAGCCUCAGCUUACAUCUACAUCUUCUCGUCCUUCAGUUGGAACCUUUUCGAGAUUCAGCAGUUAUUGGAAACCCGGGAAAGAAGAGCAGGUGGGAAGUUUCUCCAGUAGAAAGAGCAGACACAGUGUUAACGGCACUGGGAGCAUCUAUGAGGCUAGCGAGGUCCACGAUAGUGCGGAGGAUCUUAGGGAAUUGAUUGAGAAGCAAGACAGGGAGUCUGACAAGUUAGAGAAUGUUAGAGCCUGUUGUGACGGCAAACACGAUGUCGGCCAUCUCCACAACUCCACCAAAGGGCGCCACUCCACGGUUGGAAUAGCAUCCGGAUCUCAACGACCAGCGCCACCACGAAACAAGAGUAGGAACAGUUUAAUGCGACGUACGGACUAAAUAUAGUCACCUACCUUCCCGAUCAUGGGACUCUCUUUACGAAUGUUAUGUCUUUCAUUUGCUUCUCAAAACCAAAACCGCGAUCUAUAGAGAGCGAGUGUCACGGCCUUGAUCAUGCAUGACCCGAACAAUCACAAUAUCCAUCUCGUUUUCUGUUUCCUUUUUGAGUAAUGAAUGAGUAGUGUCGAGGAGAUAAUGCAUCGUACCAUGACACCAGGUCACAGGAGGGGUGACUUUUCAUUCUUGUAUGAUUCCGUAUCUGGGUAAGGGAUGGCCUUGAUGAUGAAUACACGGGGCAGGGUUGUGUGGUCUUUAGUCCAUA